GUUGACAGGUUAGUGUGGGUUCUUGUGAUUUUUUCAUCGGCGGUCAUCCGCUGAUUUUGUUGUAUUUUUAACGUGAAGAUUGAGAUUUGUGGUCGAGAUGGUGCAGCGGCUAGUGUUUAGACGACGUUUGUCGUACAAUACCAAGUCAAAUAGGCGGCACAUUGUUCGCACUCCAGGCGGCAGACUGGUAUACCAAUACCUGAAGAAACCCAAGAAGAUCCCCAGGUGCGGACAAUGCAAAGAUAAACUAAGGGGCAUCCUUCCAGCGCGCCCUCAGGAGCGUUCCCGCCUCUGCAGACGCAAGAAGACCGUCAAGCGCGCUUACGGUGGCGUCCUGUGCCACAAGUGCGUCAAAGAAAAGAUCGUCCGAGCUUUCCUCAUCGAGGAACAAAAGAUCGUCGUUAAGGUUUUGAAAGCCCAACAGGCCGUUAAAACCAAGAAAUAGGACAAGUUAAUAAAUGUGUAAUUUGUA